UCAGAGAAUCAAAACAACAUUUAGUAAUUCUCCCAUUUGUAAGAACUCCCAUUUGGACUUAUAUCUUUCGAUCUCUUAUAGUUCUAUCUCAGAGGUAGUGUUGAGUCAAUUCAAUUAGUUGAAUUACAUUUUAUUUCUUUUUUUUGUGAGCUCAGCCCGCCGCUUCUCGAGAGAAAUCAAAUCAUUCACGAGAGAAAUCAAAUCAUUCACGAGAGAAAUCAAAUCAUUCACGAGAGAAAUCAAAUCAUUCACGAGAGAAAUCAAAUCAUUCACGAGAGAAAUCAAAUCAUUCACGAGAGAAAUCAAAUCAAGAACGACUGUAUGUGGGACGCUGGGAGUUUUCAUUAGGCAAAUAUUCAACCUAGUUCAGCGUAGAAACGUGGUUAUUAACUACAAUGACCAUAAUCCAUUGCACCUGUUCUUCCCGGCUUGGACAGAGACGGAUGGUCUACACAGACCGCAUAAGAGAGGAAUGUACAGACAAGAGGGGUCAGACCUGGGUUCCGUCUAUAGAUCCAGAAGGUUCUUCUGGAGAUGAGUUCUAUGAUGAUGAAGACCUCUUCUCAGGCUCUGGAUCUGGCUUUCCAGAGGUGAAGGUCAACCCUACAGCGGUGGGCGUGUCUUUCACCACUGAGGAGCCCCUCCCCCUUUCCACCACCCAGGCCACUGGCCCCGCCCCCUCAGCCCCACCUGCAGCCGAGCCCAAUCCCAACCCUGACGCUCUCCCCACCCCACUACCCACUGAGGGAGAGGGGGAGAGUGGGAUAGAGUGGGAGAGAGGGAGGGAGAGAGAAAGGGAGAGGGAAAGAGAGAGAGUAAGGGAGAUGGAGCGGGAGAGAGAACGAGAGCGGGAGAGGGAUAGAGAGAGGGAGAGAGAAAAGGAGAGGGAGAGAGAACGAGAGAGAGAGAGGCAACGGGAAAUAGAGAGGGAACGAGAAAGAGAACGUGAAAGAGCGAGAGCCGCCCAGACCACCAUCUCACCCCGUGGCCCGGCGGCUGUUCCCAUGGCGACCACCAGCACAGCGACGCCUCUGGCGGAGAGCGCAGCACCCUCUAGUGGCGUGCAGGACCUGGUCACCACAGAAGAAGAGGACGAGGAUGUCUACCUGUCCCCAGACCCCACCACCAGUAUGCCUAUGGAGACCACCACAGAAGAAGAAGAAGAGGAAGAAGAAGUGACCACUACAGAGACAGAGACCACACCCCUCCCAGAGACAACAGCUCCACCCACUACGAUUGGCCCAGCCCUAGCUGAGAGGUCUAGCUCCACCCCCUUUAGGCCCAGUGUUCUGGUGACCACGCCUACUAAAGCCACGCCCACAGAGAGGAGCACACGCCCACAGCAGCCCUCUACGACAAUGAACAAUGAAUUAGGGGUUAAUGGACCCAGCGGAGACUUUGAGAUCCGGGAGGAGGACCGUCGCCAGGGCAAUGAGGUUGUUGGGCGUGGCCGUGGCAUGGAGACUGGGGCAGAACCUGAUCUGAUUGGCAACACAAUUAACACAGGAAGUUCUGCCGCUCAACUUCCUCAGAAGAACAUCUUGGAGAGGAAGGAGGUUCUGAUAGCGGUGAUAGUGGGGGGCGUGGUGGGGGCCCUGUUCGCAGCGUUCCUGGUCAUGCUGCUGGUGUACAGGAUGAAGAAGAAAGAUGAAGGCAGCUACACGCUGGAGGAACCCAAGCAGGCCACCGUCACCUACCAGAAAGCUGACAAACAGGAGGAGUUCUACGCAUAACACACAGAGAGAGAGAGAUGCUUAUUUCUCCAGCUCCCUUCCCGUCCUGUCACUUCACAUCUCCUUCCUAUCCUUCUCCCAUAUCUUCCUCCCUCUCUUUUCUCCUAUGCUCCUGUCCUCCAUGUCAGUUGUUCCUGAGAGUGCCCGUCUCUCCAUGGACUCAAACAUUUCUUUAAAAAAUAUAAAUACAUUUAAAAAAAAUAACAAAAUAAAUAUAUCAGCUGGAAAAAAAUACAUAAAAACGUGAUACACAAUUUUUUUAAUUUUUAAGUAAAUGUUAUUGAUAUUAUAUGAUUAUUGUUCUGAUGAUGUAAUGAACUGAUUAUUUUGUAAAAACACAAGCUCUUAUCCGGUGUUCCAGCACAAUACUCUAGUGUCUGUUCCACGGAGCGAAUGAGCCAAGUGAAAGAGGGAUGGUGGAGAAGAAGAGACAGAGACAAACAGAGGAAAGAGAGUAUCAUCUGAUUGGCCACACAGACACUGGGGUCAAAGGUUAGAGGAAAGGUCUCUAUUGUAGUGCCUUCCAUUGUCCUGGUGCUCUCUCUCACACACACACACACACACACACAUGGCUUGGACCCCUCUCUCUGUGCUUGGCCAAUCAGAGUAGGGGAACCCUCCCACAACGCUCUGACAACCUCAGGACAAUGUUGUGGCAGCAUUCACUGGCAGUUAGCAAGGGAUUCUAACCAGGGAUAUAGUGUUAAAUAAAAUGGUGGGUAAACAAACCGCUGGGGUAACAUAAACGUUAGCUAAUGCUAACAACGCUACCUGAUCGUAGUAGUUGUGUAAACACUGUUCACCAAGUAAAGGGGUGUUUAAACAACAGAUUACGAGUUUUUACCCUCCGCUACAUCCCUUGGUUGUAUUCAUUAGGCACCAACAAAGAAAACAGACUGAAACAGGGAGAAGGACUACCUGGACCUAAGACUACCUGGUCCAAUAAGAAAUGCACAUUUCCGUAUUCCAUUGCAAAAUGUUUUACAACGUUUUCCGUUGUGUGUCAAUGAAUACGACCCUGGUGCUGUAUGCUAACACAGGGCUAGCGGCUAGCUGUCUGGGUUGCUCCUUUACGCUGUACAAAGGUGAUUAGUUCUAUGGAUAGUAAUAAUAACCAAUAAUAUAUCAAUGUUCUGGGCUGGUUGGUAAAUAAUAGUAAUAAUGAAAAUAAUACUCGAACAAACGAAAGGAUGUGUAUUUAGCGGUUUCAAAAGUUUAUAUGUAAAUAUCAUUGUAUGAAAUACUUUUUCUGUCGUUGUCACUAACCAGUCGCAUGAUCACCAUUUCUAUAUCACGUCAAUCUGUGGAGCUGUGCUCUCAACACACACACACACACUCACAAGUACGCACUCACACACUUAAGCAAAUAUACACACGCCGUACAUGCAAGCAUGCGCUCACAAGCUCAAACACACACACACACACAAAUAUAUCACUUGCGCUUCAUUGACUAAAUAUAUAUAUAUAUAAAUCAUAUCACUCACUCAACAUAUUAUUAUCAUCAUCCUCAUCACACAAGCUGGUUUCAGUACAUUAUUAAUAAGUGACUGAUCAGUUGCUGGUUGGUUAGAGUUUGGUCCGUUGUGUAAAGGCACAAGCAUGUAUCCAUCCAAUCCCCUGCAUGCUCUUUCUUUCUCUUCUACCAUUGGCUGUCUAUUUGGGGGUGGGCUGGUCUUUGGGACUGUGAGGGAGGGGCUUACGAUGCUGAAAGUGGUUCUUCAAGUAGAAGUUGUCCAUCAGGAGGUGUGGGGACAGGAGUUGAGGUGGGGGCUGUGGGUAG